AUGGUUUCGGCUGGUUCCUCUUGCGACGUGACUGUAGAGAUUGGCCCUACUAUCGUCGAAGACUUUCCGAAUCUAGACCAAAUAGAAGCAGGUGUGAUGGCUUCGGACGCUGCGUUUCUGCUUCCGGGUAUCCCUGACGACGCUGCGUUGAUGUGCUUCGCGAUGCUGCCACGUGGGUACUACGGCGUCUUAAAGUGCGUCAGUCGUCGGUGGAAGGCAGCUCUAGAAGACGAGCACCUGUACAGUUUCAGGGAAGAAUUGCAACGCAAGGAGAGCUGGGUGUACGUCAAUGUGUACCACCACCCUCUUCCUUCCGCCACCACCACUUCCUCCUCCUCUUCCCGCGCCUCUUCUUUCCGAGGAGGCAAGCCGCCGAGCCAAAUUCGUGUGGACUCACUCUACGCCUUCUCGCCUAUUCUUGAUCGAUGGUUUCGGUUAAGCCAAAGCACAUCUCCCCGCUCCUCUCGCCGCAUCAAGACAGUAGCAGUGAAGCACACGCAGUAUAUUUUCGGAGAUGACCUUGUGAUCCGUGACGUUGUUACUGGCGCCAGCGCACCCGGACCCCAGUUGCCGUCUGAUGCCUACCUUAACAUGCACCUGGCAGCUUCUGAUUCGCAUGUUGUCCUUGUCAGCACAACACCACAGGUUAUCUUUGGAGGUUCGGAUAACCUUGGAGAUGUCGUUGCGCAUGUCCUGGCGGUGGAUGAAGCAGGCAUGCCGCAUGGAGAGUGGAAGAGAUUUCCUCCACACCGUUGGAUGGGCAUGAUCUCUCUGCUUGUUCACGAGGGAGGUCUCUGGCACCUGAUUGGUCAAGAGGCCCAGGGCUUGCAGGAGGCAGAGGAGGAGGAGGAGGAAGAGGAGGAGGAGGACGGGGAGGAUGAUGAUAUUUUGCGUGAAAUCGAGAUGCGUGCUGCUUUUCUUGAUGGUUAUACUCGUGUGAGUAGCCCUGGGGAAGUUGAUUGCGGCGAAGGGCCGGGGGGUUGCCACAAGAAGCUGUUGCUGCAAGCAGCUGCUGCAUGUGAAGCUUUGAGGCGCAGCCGGGACAGUCUGAGGGAUUUUUUGCUCUUUCGCCAAGGGAAGGACUUGCAGGUGGGGAUGAGGCGUUUGUUGACGCCUGGGCGUUUGGCUAUUGAUGACAGUGGUCGAGAGCCGGGGAAGAAAAAGGAAGGGAAGGAAAAUGCGAAGGUGGGUCUUCUGAUCAAUGAAGAGAAUGUGGUGAGGGUGCUGGCGUCGGGUGGAACGGGGAUGUUUAGGAUCAUUCGCGAUCAGAUGAUGAUAGUUCCUGUAUAUGCGGGUGGCGGAUACUUGACGGGGUCUGCUGGUAGUGAAGGGCUGGAUGCUGGUGCUUGUAUUGGUGCUGCUGAUGCAUGUGGGACUUCUGAAAAAGCAGGUGUGACCAUGGGUUCGGACGCUGCCUUUCUGCUUCCGGGAAUUCCUGACGACGCUGCGUUGAUGUGCUUGGCGAUGCUGCCACGUGGGUGCUACGGCGUCUUAAAGUGCGUCAGUCGUCGCUGGAAGGCAGCUCUGGAAGACGAGCACGUGUACAGUCUAAGGGAACAAUUGGGACGCAAGGAGAGCUGGGUGUACGUCAAUGUGUAUCACCACCCUCCCCCUUCCGCCACCACCGCUUCUUUCUCCUCUACCUUUCGCGGAGGCAAGCCGUUCAGCCAAAUUCGUGUGGACUCACUCUAUGCCUUCUCACCCAUUCUUAACAGAUGGUUUCGGUUAAGUGAAACGAUAGCUUCCUGCGCCUCUUGCCGCAUCAAGACAGUAGCAGUGAAGCACAAGCAGUACAUUUUCGGAGAUGAUCUUAUAAUCCGUGACGCUGUCACUGGCGCAUGCACAUCCGGUCCCCAGUUACCGUCUGGUGCUCACCUUGGCGUCCAGCUAGCAGCGUCUGAUUCGCACGUUGUCGUCGUCAGCACCUCACCACAGGUCGUAUUUGGAGAUCCCGAUAGACCUGGAGAUGUCUUUGUGCACGUACUGGCGGUGGAUGAAGCAGGCAUGCCACAUGGAGAGUGGCAGAAACUUCCUCCACGCAGGUGGACGGG